AUGGAUGGCCUUUGGAUUUCUGACGAAUUAUUCUCUAGUAUUGGAAUGAGGUAUUCACCGCUACACAAUAUCAAUCUACCAUCCAAAAAAGACACUCAAUAUCCUGCAGUAUUGGUCAUUACAGCUGAUCAUGACGAUAGAGUUGUACCUCUACACUCGCUCAAGUUCAUCGCCACUUUGCAAGAGAAGGUGGGUCGUGGAUCUGCCUCUCAAACUAACCCCCUUCUCAUUCUUGUGGAGACCAAUGCAGGACAUGGUGGUGGCAAACCCACCUCCAAAAGGGCAAAUCGACGAGUUGGCGGAUAUUUUCGCCUUCAUUCAAGUUGCUUUGGAUCUGAAGUGGCACUCGUGAUUUUUAAAGUGCUGUUGAUGAAGCUGUUCCGUGUUCGUGAUGCUUGCGUUUCUAAUGAAAAAUAUUAG